AUGGGUUCAGGAAAGACAUUUAACCUCAUUCGUCAUAUACUCAUAACAGAGCGUUUAGGAAAUGACUCAUAUUAUGACCAAAUCAUUAUAUCAGCAACUUCAGACUCUAUGGACUCAACAGCGAAAACAUUUAUGUCAAAAGUUCAAGCCUCUGUCGUUAAAGUUCCAGACAGUGAACUCAUUGAAUUUCUUCAACAUUACAUUCGACGUAAGAGGAAAUAUUAUGCCAUCGUUGAAUUUAUACAGUCAGGAAUGCAAAAGACUUCAGAAGAGAUGGAAAGAAUUAUUGACAAACACCACUUACGUCAAUACUCAGGAGUUUACGAUAUGAAACGACUUACAAACUACAUUCUGUCAAAACUUUCAAAAUACCCCUUCAAAAAGUAUCCAUCAAACACUUUAUUAGUUUGUGAUGAUUUCGCUGGUAAAGGUUUAGUGUCAAAACCAGACUCACCAUUAGCUAACAUCAUUACUAAAGUCAGACAUUACCACUUAACUGUAGCAAUACUUAUGCAAACAUGGAGGUUUUUAGCUUUAAACAUAAAACGUCUCAUAACUGACUUCGUUAUCUUUCAAGGUUUCUCACGUUAUGAUAUUGAACUCAUUUGGAAACAGUCAG